AUGGCCAACAGCGACGACGUCGUGUUUGGAUCAACUGUAUCAGGGAGAAAAGCUCAUGUCGCCCACGUCGAGCAGAUGGCCGCCCCAACCAUUGCCACGGUUCCAGUGCGGUACAAGCUCGAUAAAGGUCAAACGGUGAAUGAGUACCUGCAAACGGCGCGACGCCAAACUACCGAUAUGAUCCCUCAUGAACAAAUGGGACUCUCUCGAAUCGCCAAGCUAUCUCCAGACUGCCAGAGGGCGUGCGGGUUCCACAACCUGUUAGUUGUGCAACCGAACAAUAACCUAGAUGAGACGCCCGACUCUAUUUUGGGGAAGUGGAGGGACGAAGGGGAUAACAUCCACAAAUUCAACGCGUACCCUUUGAUGGUCGAGCUACGGUUGGGCGCAAAAGAGAUCUCAUGUAAGGCCAGUUUCGAUUCCCGGACCAUCACAGCACUUGAUGUGGCGAGGCUGCUAUCCCGGUUUGAUUGGGUCCUGCAGCAACUUUGCCGAGCCGACGUCGAGAUGACCCUCUCUGAUAUAGAUCUUGUGGAUACCCGGGACUUGGACCAGAUAUGGGCGUGGAAUGCGGUUGUACCCAAGGCUAGCGACCUGCCUAUAACCGAAUUGUUCCAGCGCGUUGUCCAUGCCCAACCGGAAGCUACCGCAGUUUGCGCGUGGGACGGCCAACUGACGUAUGGAGAGCUUGACAAGCUGAGCACGGUAGUGGCGAACUACCUUGUCGAGCUUGGUGUUGUACGGAAUCAGUUCAUCCCUUUGUGCUUCCCCAAGUCUAUGUGGGCCACAGUCGCCAUGUUGGGCGUGGUGAAGUCCGGUGCCGCCUUCGUCCUACUGGACGGCUCCCUACCCCGUCAACGCGUCGAGUUGAUCAUCGCCCGCGUUAAGCCUACAUUGGUUCUUGCCUCCCUAGACUACGAGCGCCUAGCUCGCGAGCUCCGCCAGAACACCGCCAUUGUUUCAUCUGGCUUCGUCGCCGAGCUGGGCACAAGAUACGAGGUGGCCUGCUCAGUUUGCAUCGAUAUGGACUCCAGUGUGUACGCAGUCUUCACGUCCGGUACGACUGGUACCCCAAAGGGAGUAGUCAUUUCUCACCGAAGCAUUGCCGCUGCCGUACACUACCAGGUACCGGCGUUCCAAUACACUUCGCAAUCUAGAAUAUAUGAUUUCUCGCCAUACAGUUUCGACGCCGCGAUUCUUGAUGCCUUUCUGGCCUUUGGAGCCGGUGGUUGUUUAUGUCUACCAUCUGACGAUGACCGGAAGAAUAACCUGACGCGGAGCAUUCGUGCCCUCCAAGCUAAUACGGUUCUACUUACGCCAUCAGUUGCGAGGCUGCUCACUCCUAGCGAACUUCCAGGGGUCGUUGUGAUCCUUGGUGGCGAAGCAAUCAGUGCCAAAGACAUUGAGCCGUGGUGGCAUAAUGUAUUCACCGUCUACGGGCCUAGCGAGUGCACCCCUGUGAGUCUCGUGAACCCAAACCCGCUGGGCACCAAACACGCCGCUCGCUUAGGAAAAGGCUGCGGUGUGAAUACUUGGGUUGUGCCUCCAGACAAUCAUGAUUUGCUGCUACCGCCCGGCUGUGUGGGCGAACUGCUCUUGGAAGGACCUCUUGUUGAUUCCGGUCACUACCUUCGAGAUCUAGAAAACACCGCCGAAGUAUUUAUCGAGACCCCUAAAUGGCUUCUUCGAGGACACGCUAGAGUGCCGGGUCGGAGGGGAAGACUGUAUAAGACAGGAGACCUUGUGACUUACAAUGAGGAUGGCAGUCUCAGCUUCGUCGGCAGAAAAGGCCUCCAGGUCAAGAUCCACGGCCAGAGAGGAGAGCUUUCCGAAGUGGAGAAUUGGGUUCAAGACCUCGUCGCGUUUUUGCAGAUCUCCGACCCCAACGAUCAAGGCCGUUUCCAAAGUCAAGGAACACACCGGAAGCGUCUUCGGGAAUUUGGCAGCUCCCUUUCGUCACAAGAGCUUGCUGCCAUGAAAACUGCGGGACAAGGCCCAAAGGAGCAGCCCACGACCCAACUUGAGCGGCAAAUGCAAACCAUAUGGGCGCGAGUCCUUCAGAUAGAUGUCGACGCCAUCGGCCUCGAUGACAGCCUUUUUAAGCUCGGUGGUGACUCCAUCGCUGCUAUGAAAGUUGUGGCUGAGGCUUCCAGGAUUAGAAUCACGCUAACAGUGGCAGAUAUCUUUCAGCGGCAAUCGCUACGUGCGGUUGCAGGAGCCUGCGCUGGGUCGUCCAGCAGUACAUUCCAGGGUGAUCCUGAGGCGUUUUCCCUCCUUGGAAUGGAUGUCAGCGCUAGAGAGAGGCUAAUACAGGGCACCAGCGAACAAUAUAACAUAGAACAGACAUCGAUCAAAGACAUCUACCCAUGCACACCUCUCCAAGAGGGUCUUCUAUCACUAACCUCCAAGCAACAGAAUGGGGAAUAUAUCCUUCAGGCCACACUCGACAUUGCUAAGGGCAUCUGCAUUCAUCGCCUCCGCAACGCUUGGGAGCAGGUCUACCGAGCCAUGGAUAUCCUUAGAACCAGGAUCAUUUAUCAGCACAAUUACGGAUUUCUCCAGUUGGUUGUGGAUGAUCAGAUUUCCUGGAUAAUUCCGAAAUCGUCGCUCGACGACUACCUCGCAUCUGACAAACGAGAACCAAUGGGGAUUGGGCAAGGCCUGACACGUUACGCCCUUAUUGAAGAACAAGGUGAAAUAAGGUGGCUGGUCUGGACCGCCCACCACGCCUUGUACGAUGGAUGGACACUCCCCAUCAUCCUAGGGGCAGUUAGUGCCGCAUACAACGGCGCCUCCGUGGAGCAGCAGCAGUCCUUGCAGUUCCGAUCUUUCAUCAAAUACAUUCAAAGUCGUGCCGAAGAUGAAACUGUAAAUUACUGGCGUCGCACACUAGCUCAUGGCGAGCACAUACUCUUCCCUUCACCGUUAUCGCCGGGGGACCUCACCGAUUCUUCAGUCCAUCAAACAACCAAGCAUAUCUUCUCUGUUUCAAAGCAACCUUCUCGCUCUUCGGGAAUCACAUUAUCAACGUUAGUUCGCGCUGCCUGGGCUUUGGUGUUGAGCAGAAUCACAAAUUCGAACGACGUGGUUUUCGGAGUAACCGUUUCCGGCAGGAACGCGCCGGUCGAGGGCAUCGCGGAAAUGGCUGGGCCUACAAUCGCUACGGUGCCUGUCCGCAUCAACACGCAGGCGCAACGGGACACAACUGUGUUCGCCUUCCUUCAAAUGAUCCAACAUGAGUCGGUAGAGAUGAUCCCAUACGAGCAGACGGGCUUGCGAAACAUAUCAAAGUACUCUGCCGACUGCCACCAGGCUUGCCGUUUCCACACCCUGCUUCUCGUACAAACGCAAGAAGAAUUCGCCGCUGGAGAUGUGUCCCUCGGCACCUGGCGGGACUUACACCGGCAACAAAACUCCAACACAUAUUCUCUCCUCUUAGAGGUGUGUCCGGGCGCGGACGGUAUCGUUACGGUUGAGGCCAACUUUAAUCCCCGAGCAAUAGAUCGCAGUAUGGUUAGAGCUGCCUUGGAACGCCUCGGAUGGAUUCUCUCCCAGCUUUCGCAAGCGGGGCCACAGAAAUUGCUCACUGACUUGGACAUUUGCACGGCCGAAGACCUGAACACUAUAUGGGAGCAUAGCGUGACGGUUCCCCAAGCUAUCGAGCGCUGUGUCCACGUUGCAAUAGAGGAUCAGGCAAGAAUUCGGCCAAAUCAAAUUGCUGUAUCAGCCUGGGAUGGUAAUAUUACUUAUGCAAAGCUUGACGAACUGUCCUCCGCUGUGGCGAGGUAUCUCACUGGAGUUUAUGGAAAGACGACUACUGUGGUCCUCUUCUUCGAGAAGUCCAUGUGGACGACAGUUGCCAUGCUUGCCGUCAUGAAGAUGGGAGCGGCUUUCGUCCUGGUGGACCCAACCCUUCCUCAGCAGCGCAUUCAAAGUAUUCUGAAACAGCUAGACGCUACCGCCAUUGUUUCGUCAGCAGUUAACCGGGAGCUGUGUGCUAGCCUAGUCGACACGGUCAUUACGAUUAGUCCAGAGUUUUGCGAAUCAUUAAUUUCGCCGCCAGCGGGACCCCUUGACAAGCAACACCUACCCGUCGUCUCACCGUCUUCCCUCUUAUACAUAGUCUUUACGUCUGGUAGUACAGGAGUGCCGAAGGGAGUCAUGGUAACCCAUCGAAACGUCUCAACCGCGAUUCACUAUCAGACAGAGAAGCUCGGGUACAGCCCAAAGUCUAGGGUCUACGACUUUGCCUCAUACAGCUUUGAUGUAUACAUCUGCAAUGUUCUUACUACCCUUUCUGUUGGAGGAUGCUUCUGCGUUCCCAACGACGCGGAUAGGAAGUCCAGGCUCCAAGAAAGCCUCAUUUCCUUCCGCGCCAAUCUCGUUGAGUUGACCCCUUCCGUCGCCCAAGUUCUUGACCCAGCACAGCUGCCGGACCUCGAGACCCUCGUAUUUGGCGGAGAAGCCGUCCAUAUUAGGCAUGUGCUUCCCUGGUGGGGCAAAGUACGGGUCUUCAACACCUACGGCCCCUCAGAAUGCACGUCGACGUCCACAAUCAAUACUAGUUCGGAUAGUGCGGAGAGUGCCACCGGUGUUGGUCACGGCGUUGGUGUCGUUACCUGGAUAUCCGAUCCCACGAAUUCGGAUAAGUUGGUAGCGCCCGGAUGUAUCGGUGAGCUUCUGUUGGAAGGCCCACUCGUGGGCAACGGAUACGUCAAAGAACCGGAGGAGACGGCUGCCGCCUUCAUUCAGGACCCCAAAUGGCUCCUCCAGGGAACUCCCUCCUAUCCUGGGCGUCGCGGGCGUAUAUAUAAAACUGGUGAUCUCGUCCGAUGGGAUCCACGACGCGGCUUGACGUUUAUUGGCCGCAAGGAUACCCAAGUCAAACUGAGAGGCCAGCGGGUGGAACUUGGGAAAGUCGAGCGCAGGGUUGCAGAGUGUCUGCAUGGGACCGGGAAAGACAUUUCCGAGGUCCAGGCUGUGGCGGAGAUUGUCACGCCUCAGGAAGAUGAGUCAAGAGCAGUUCUCGUGGUGUUUUUGCAGCAGGAGUCUUCUAUUGUCUCAAGUGCCGAUAUGGACAUAUUUGCCAUUCCUGGCGAUGUAGAGUCUCAGCUUGCGGCAGUGUUGCCCCAGUACAUGGUCCCUGCGUUCUUCAUUUCUAUACCUCAGCUCCCCAUGACACAGAAUGGAAAAAUGGAUCGCAAGAAGCUGAGGGAAAUAGGAGCACGCAUCUCGACAGAACACAUUGAGAACACCCGUGGCGACAUUGCAAAGCACCGGCGCGAGCCCCAGUCGGAAACUGAGAAGGCUCUUCACCAAAUCUGGUGCCGCGUGUUGGCUCUCGAACCCUCCCAGAUCGGCUUGGAUGACAACUUCUUCCGCCUCGGCGGCGAUUCGAUCUCCUGUAUGAGGGUUGCGGCUGAGGCUCACACGCACAGAAUGCAAGUUACUGUGGCGGAUAUGUUCCGGUAUCCCAAAUUGUCCGAGUUGGCCAACCAUAGCAAGGGAUCCACGGUUACGGAAGUCGAACGCUUAGCUCCUUUCUCCCUGGUCAGGGGUCGGGCAGACAUCACAUCCCUCGUCAAGGACAUCUCCCUCCGGCUCGGGGUUGAUGAAAGCUCAAUUGAAGAUAUAUACCCGUGCACUCCAUUACAGGGAGGAUUACUCUCACUUUCAAGCCAAGAAGAAGGCGAGUACGCCAUGCAAUUUGUGCUGGAACUAUCUCAAGAAAUAUCACUGGAGCGCUUUCGAGAUGCUUGGGGCCAUGUUGUUCAGGCUCUCCCAAUUCUUCGCACACGCAUUGUGCAACACGACAUCUUGGGCCUGCUCCAGGUUGUGCUUGAAGAGCAAAUUGAGUGGAUCGAGGUCGCCAACGGCCACGAUGGCGACCUCUCAGGGCGAUCAAGCCGAGAUUCCAUGUCCAUCGGCCAGAGACUUACAGGCUAUACCCUCGUCGCUAACCCCAGCGGCAUAUUUACUCGGUUCGUUUGGAACAUACACCACGCGCUGUACGACGGUUGGUCCCUCGGCCUUAUACUGGACUUGGUGACACGCGCAUACACAGGCCAAGGACGGGAAAUUGAUCCUCCUCAGUUUCAGUUGUUUAUCAAAUAUUGCCAGGACAAGCAGGGUAACCAAGCUACGGCCGACUACUGGCGUGAUGCUCUUUCGGACUGCGGCGCCACUCCAUUCCCGGCGCUUCUAGGAGAGGAUAAUAAUACGCCCCGGACAACCGCUAUUUUUGAAGACGAGUUCGAAUACGAUCACCAAAAUACCAGAAACCCGCACGUUACACCGUCAACUAUGGUUCGCGCCGCAUGGGCCCUCAUUCUAGGCUGCAUAACCUCUUCUGAUGACGUUGUGUUUGGGGCUACCGUCUUUGGAAGGAAUGCUCCUAUCCCGGAUAUUGGGAAAAUGCCAGCUCCAACCUUCGCAACGGUUCCUCUUCGAGUCCAAUUAGAUUCUAAUAAACUAUGUUGUGACUACUUACAGAAAGUACAAAAUCAAGCUACUUCCAUGAUUCCGUUUGAACAUAUGGGAUUGCAGCGGAUCGCCAAACUGUCAGACGACUGUCGUCGAGCGUGCAUGUUCCAAACACUUAUAGUCAUUCAGCCUCAAGACGACAACACCAAUACCCAGAGCCAUACAGAACUCGGCAGAUGGCUCGAUGCUAGUAAAGAGCAGGGCCCGCAUACGUAUCCGUUCACAGUCGAGAUAUUCAUCACGGCCGCCUCGAUCAAGACCACCGCUCAUUUCGACCCGUCUGCCAUUCAACCUUGGCUAGUACGUGCCUUAUUGAGAAGAGUUGAGACAGUAGUAUACCAACUUUCCUCAGCAGGCCCGUCGCAAUGCUUGUCGAGUAUCAAUGCGAUGGCCCAGGAUGAUAUGGACAGGAUUUGGGGGUGGAAUAAGGUAUCGCCCGACCCGAUUGACCGGUGCGUGCAUGAGAUGAUUGAGGAACGUGUUCGCACCCAGCCAGAUCUGCCCGCCAUUUGUGCCUGGGACGGGAGCUUUACCUACUCCGAGCUUGACGAAAAAGCCAUCUAUCUAAGCAAGUGGCUCGUUGCCAACCUUGAUCCCAUAUCAAACACGUUCAUCCCUCUCUGUUUUGAGAAAUCAAAAUGGACUCCUGUAGCCAUGCUAGCCGUUAUGAAGGCAGGAGCUGCAUUCGUACUGCUGGACCCUUCCACACCACGGGCGCGGCUUCAGGAGAUCUCUCAGCAGUUGGGGAACAGCCUUGUUUUAUGCAGCGCUUCCUGUCAGGAAUUAAGCCUUUUACUGGGCCAGAGAGCUCUAACUGUUGAUCACGCGUUCUUCUCCGAGGACCUCACCAACGGGAAUAUUCAUCACGCAGCACUUCCAUCAGGACGCCCAUCUGACAUCAUUUAUCUUCUGUUCACCUCCGGUAGCACAGGAAGGCCGAAGGGUACCAUCAUAACGCAUCGGAGAGCCGCAACCGCUCUGGUCCAUCAGCCGGCCAAAUUCGGGUUCGCAUCCGAAUCGCGGCUCUACGACUUCUCGUCGUACGUUUUUGACGCACCAAUAUUUAAUACCCUGAACAUGCUCGAGUCUGGCGGCUGUCUUUGCAUUCCGAGCGAUGGAGACCGCCAGACCCGCCUUUCCCAAAGUUUUGUCUCUCUCCAAGCUAACACCAUUCUCCUUACCCCGUCCGUCGCGAGGAUCCUCCGCCCUGAGAAAGUUCCUGGUUUGCACACAAUCAUCUUUGUCGGUGAAAAGUUGACUGUUGGGGACGUUGAACCUUGGUGUACGGCCGGAGUACGCGUUAUCAAUGCGUAUGGCCCUUCGGAAACCACUCCAGCUUCGAUCAUGGCCAGUAUCACCAACUCUGUCUUGGCUAAGCAGUCGCAUGACGCCGUCAUACUGGGAAAGGCCGUGGGCCAGAUUGCGUGGAUUGUCGACCCUGGAGACCAUAACCGCCUUCUCCCGCCCGGAUGCACUGGCGAGCUUGUUCUCGAGGGGCCCUUGGUGGGUCAAGGUUACCUUGAUGAGCCUGAGAAGUCGGCGGAAGUUUUCAUCUCAUCCCCACCCUGGUUGUUACAGUUCGCUCCCAGUGACGAUGAUCAAUUAUUAAGAGAGGGGAGAAUGUACAAAACGGGAGAUUUGGUACGCUAUAAUGAUGAAGACGGCAAUCUUGUCUUUCUCGGGCGAAAAGACUCUCAGGUAAAGAUUCAUGGCCAGCGAGUCGAAUUAGGAGAAGUCGAGGCUAGGGUACAGCAGGCCGCGGCAGGUGUCACCCGAGUAGCUGCAGAGCUCGUUACAACAGACACGCCGCGUGAAUGCAAGUUGCCAACCACGGCCUUGGAGCUUGUCGCCUUCUUGGAAAUGGGUGACGCUGUAGGAAAGGACGCACAGGUGGAGCUACUCGGAGUGGAAAUCAUUGAUCAACUAAACGAACACCUCCCAACACACAUGGUUCCGAGUACCUUCAUUUCCUUACAGUUUCUACCCAUCACCGCCACUGGAAAAGUGGAUCGCCGUGAGUUGAGGCGGAUCGGAUCGCAUUUGAUCUCCCAAGAACUUGCUCAGUCCAGGCUAUUGGCGGGCAAGCGACAACCGACAACCGAGCUGGAACGGCAAUUACAAGAGAUCUGGGCCCAAGUUUUGAACCUAGACCCCAAAGCAGUGGGCGUGGAUGACAGCUUUUUAAAGCUUGGUGGUGACUCCAUCACAGCGAUGCAGGUGGCCUCCUCAUUUCGAGGCGUAGGCAUCACUAUCCGCGGCGCCGACAUCAUCCGGCAAAAGACCAUCUCGAACCUUGUCAAAGCCACCGUGGUUUCCAAGGCGGCAAAAAGGACACCUCAAAAUCAAAAGCACGGCCUAGCAACGGUCGGCCACCAUCAACCCGAUGAGAAGGGCGUAUUAACUCAGCUCGGACCAAUACAGAGGCUUUACUUCGCCAUUCAACCCGACCCUACAGUCUGCUUCGACCAGUGCUUUCUUCUCGAACUCCGUCGUCGUGUUUGCCCUAAAACUCUCAACCAGGCACUAGCGGACAUUGUCAAGUUACACGAGGCUCUACGUUGGCGGUUCUUCAUGAGCGAGACUAGCAACUCAUGGGAGUCUUACGUUACUGACGAGGUUCUCGGAUCAUUCUAUUUCAGCAUAGAAGGCCCGCAGAGCAAUUCGGCGGAAGUCGACGCCAUCUCCGCUUGUCGAGGCCGACUCAACAUCCAAAGAGGCCCUCUUCUUUCCGCCGUAUUUUUUGACGGAGACGACGUAGACGAAAGCAAGAGCCAAAGGCUGUUCAUCUCCAUUCAUCACCUUGUUGUUGACUUGGUGUCGUGGAGGGUCAUACUUGGGCAGCUAGAGAAGCUCCUGGAUGGACAAACAACCGCCGUACCAUCCUCCGUCGCUUUUUCGUAUUGGACCGAGUCACAGGCUCAGUACGCAGCCAAGAAUCUCCAGCAAACCAGUAGUUCCGAUUAUCCUACCCUAGGCGGAGAUGAUAGUGCUACUUUUACAUCAUCUUCAUACUGGGGCAUCGAGAGUGCCUCCAACCAAGUAGGCGAUACCCUUGUCAAGGAGUUCGUCCUGGACGAAGUCACCAGUUCGGCGAUUCUCGGAGAUUGCAACAUCACCAUGAGUACGCGUCCGCAGGAACUCAUAAUCUCGGCUUUGAUAUUUUCGUUCAACAAGACUUUUACCGAUCGCCCGCCCCCCAAUAUCUUUACGGAGGGGCAUGGUCGAGAGGCCUGGACAGAGGAAAUCGAUAUCUCAUCGACGGUCGGCUGGUUCAGCACUCUAUUUCCCGUUCGGGCCCAAUCUUAUGACGCGGACGCUAGCCUCAGGAACAUUAUUCGAGAGACAAAAGAUGGCCUGCGCACUCUUGCUCGCAACGGGUGGUCCUAUUUUACAGGCCUCUGCCACACCGAGCCAGGAGCUAAACUAUAUGCCAAGAACCAUUCUCCGUUUGAAGUCGUCUUCAAUUUUGCCGGCCAGUACCAACAGUUGGAGCGAAAUGAUGCCCUAUUUGGGAUGCUAAACCUCCCGAGUGGAUGCGAGCCAUCAUCAAGCGCUAACACUCGGAGGUUCUCGCUCUUCGACGUCGAUUCGUUUGUAAAUAGAGGGCACCUCACCGCCAGAGUUACAUAUCACAAGGCCAUGCAGCACCAGCCACGCAUUCUUGCCUGGGUCGGCGAGUACGAAGCGACUCUAAAAGAGGUGGCAACAACACUACCUAGGUGGGCACUUGAUUGGACCCUGGCUGAUUUUCCGCUAGCCUUCAAACGCUACGGCGAUCUCGACCUGUUCAAAGCCAAGUGGUUAGUUGAAAGAGGAAUCAAGCUAGCUGAUGUUGAGGAUGUUUACCCGUGCUCGCCGGUGCAACAGGGCAUUUUGAUUGCCCAGGCCAAAGAUCCAAGGAGUUAUAGUACUUGGUUCGAAAUUAAUGUUCGGGUUGGCAGGAAGGAUAGCAAGCCCGGCGUCUUGGAUGUGCCGAGACUCAGGACCGCCUGGAACGCUGUAGUGAAGCGGCAUGGCCUCCUCCGCGCUUUACUUGUGCCCCAGCUCCCGGGCAGCGACGGACCGAUGCACGUGGUCUUAAAGAAUAUAGAACUGGACACUGUACUGAGGACAUCAAAGGUUACGACAGCAAAUGGAUGGCUGCAAGAAAGGAGAUCAGUGUCCCAAGGAAACGACCAGACGGCGUUCGCUCCUCGGUAUUGUCUCUCUAUACACCACCCCGACGCGGCAAGCGCUUGCCUUCGAUUCGAAAUGAACCAUGUAAUAUGUGACGGCUUCUCGUUAGGGCUUAUGGAGGCCGACCUCAUCCGGGCCUACGAAGACGGAGGAGAGCUGCCUCCUGGCGGCUCAUAUUCGACCUUUAUAAGCUACCUCGCCCAACAACCCCGGCAAGCCGGCAUCGAUUUCUGGCAACUGCAGCAGCUCCGAAUGCGCCAGUGCAACGCCCGUACUCGUCCCCAGGCUCGACAGCAAAAGACUACACGCCUUCUGCGCGGAGUGGGACCUGACACCUGCCACAAUCAUACAGACGGCGUAGGCACUGGUUCUGGGCAUAAGCUUGCUAGCAAGGCCGAGUCGGUGAAGGAAGGCCAACUCACUCUAGAACACGGGGAUCACUUCGACCCUACCGAGUAUGACGUUGUCGUACAUAUGGGAGACGACAGUGCCCAGAUGAAAAUUUUGCUGUCCUUCCGGCCGGGCUGCCUGUCUUCAGCCGACGCGGUCAAGCUGGCCGAUCGCUUUAGCGAGGCCGUUUUCGCCAUUGUUUCAAACCCUUCAGUAACCCUCGGCGGAAUUAGCCUGCUAGGAGAGGAGGAAGCUGCCCAGAUCUGGAGAUGGAACAGCUCCGCCCUUGUUCCGGUGGAGCGCUGUGUGCAUCACAUCGUUGAAGAUGUAGUUCGGGCCGUACCCAAUGCCCCGGCUGUGCAUAGCUGGGACGGCGACUUAACCUACUCUGAGAUGAGCUGCAACGCCGAAACUCUGAGCGAAGCUCUUGUAGCUGUAGGUCUUCGGCAAGGCGUUAUGGUCCCGCUGUGUUUUGAAAAGUCGAUGUGGGCGCCCGUUGCGAUGCUCGCCGUACUCAAAACUGGCGCGGCUUUUGUCCUCCUAGAUUCGCAGCUACCGGUAGAGCGCCUCCAGACAAUAUGCCGGCAAGUCAACACUAUAGAUGUGAUUCUAACGUCCGAAAAGAACGUUGCGUUGGGCCAAAAGCUUGCGAGAACUGUCGUCCAAGUCAGCGCUGCAACGAUCGCUGACAUGGGUAAAGAGAAGAAGGCGCGGAAUGUCAAACUGGAACGGCACCUGGGAAGGACGAGGUUGGCGAUAUUGCAGUCAGCACCGUCUCAAUCCCAGCCCUCAUCGUCUGCGAUGUUCGCUGUAUUUACUUCCGGCUCUACGGGAACCCCCAAGGGCGCAGUGCUCACCCAUUCGAAUUUUGCCUCAUGCCUCGCGUACCAGACAGAAAAGCUCGGUUUCCACCAGGAAUCCAGAGUGUUCGACUUUGCUUCCUACGCGUUCGAUAUUGCUGUCCACAACCCAUUUGCAGCCUUCACGACUGGCGGUUGCCUCUGCAUCCCGUCUGACGAGGAUCGGAAAAGCGCUAACAUCGGCAAGAUCAUGGCUGACAUGAAAGUUACUAUCGCAGACUUGACCCCGUCUGUCUCUCGACUGAUCGAUCCAGGCAUCGUUCCCGAUCUCGAAACGCUGAUUUUGGCAGGUGAGCCGGUGUCAGUUGACGAUGCGUCGCGUUGGUGGAGUACGGUCAAUGUUGUGAACGCGUACGGCCCAGCCGAAUGUAACAUUGUCACCGUCAACGCUGAUGCCUCAACUCCUUCCGAAGCCACCAGCAUCGGCAAAGGUCUGGGGGUCAACACGUGGAUUGUGGACCGCAACGACACAGAUAAGCUCUUACCUCCAGGCUGCGUUGGCGAGCUCCUGCUGGAAGGCCCGCUGGUUGGUCAAGGCUAUCUGAAUGACCCAGAAAAGACGGCGGCAGCCUUCAUCCAUGAUCCGGUCUGGCUACUGAAGGGAACCAAUCAUCACGCCGGCCGUACGGGGCGGCUCUAUAAGACGGGGGACCUAGUGCGAUACGGGGACUUGGAUGGUAACCUAACAUUCAUCGGCCGCAAGGAUGGGCAGGUAAAGAUACGGGGACAACGUGUUGAACUAGCGGAGGUUGAAUUUCACGUCAAGGAGUGCAUUCCCGGUGUCACACAGGUCGUUGCCGAGGUUGUGGUCCCGCCAGCGAAAAACAACUCAUCUCCUGGUCGGCCAAUUCUAGCCGCAUUCCUCCAGAUGAAUCUCGAUGACGAUAAUUACACUGAUGAACGAAGUGAGAUCAAAGUCGUGCCUAUGACGGCCGACCUGGAGCAGAAUCUAGCCAGCCGCCUACCCUCGUACAUGAUUCCGGGUAUCCUAUUUUCCUGCCGUCAACUUCGCAAGACUGUCACGGGAAAGAUCGACCGGAGGCGACUUCGCGAGAUUGGGGCUUCCUUCACUAGCGAGCAGCUGGCUGACGCUCAGACGAACGGACGGCCCAAACGGCAGCCGGAGACCGACACACAGCGGAAAUUACAACGCGCAUGGGCCCAAGUGCUCGGCCUAUCGCUCUCCUCGAUUGGCCUCGACGACAGCUUCUUUCACACCGGCGGGGACUCCAUAGCUGCCAUGAAGCUAGCCGCCGAAGCCCGUGACCUUGGUUUGAACCUUGCCGUAACCGAUAUUUUUAUGCGGCCAAGACUCAGCGAAAUGUGCCAGGGUCUCUCUGUGUUAGAUGAGAUGAUUGAUGACAAAAUACCCCGGUGCGAUGCCUCGGUCUCCGUUCCUCUAUCGUUGGCUCAGGAACGACUCUGGUUCAUGCAGGAAUUGCAUCCGAAUUUGAACUGGUACAACAUGACUAGUGCUAUCCAACUGUCGGGCCCUCUAUGUCUCAGAGCUUUGGAGACCGCCUUUUCUGCCCUCCGGAAGCGCCAUGAGUCGCUUCGGACUACCUUCUCAAUGGAGGACGGCGUAAGCAAGCAGGUCGUCCAUCCUUUUGUACCUGAGCCCUUGGAGGUCGUGCACCUGGCUUCGACAGCAGACGGCCGUGUAGACGAAGAAGCACUACGGCAGGCCCUUCAGCAAGACCAGGUGGUUCCAUUUGAUCUCCGAGCCAAGGCCCCUUGUAGGAUUCGAAUCUAUCGACGAGGGCCUCUCGAUCAUGUUCUGUCUCUCGUCAUUCACCACAUAAUUUUUGACGGCUGGUCCGCGAACAUUAUAUGCCGAGAACUGGCUAUUAUGUACUCCCGUGCUAAGCAGGGUCUCGAUCCUCUGACCUCGCCGGAGCUCGAGGCACUGCCCAUUCAGUACAAGGAUUAUUCUAUAUGGCAGAUCCGACAAACAGCUGUGGAGAAACAGCGCCACCAGCUCGAGUACUGGGUCAACCAGCUCGCGUCUAGCCGGCCGGCGGAGCUACUUUGCGACAAACCCAGACCGAGCGCAUUGUCGGGGAAGGCAGAGCUUCAGAACUUCCACAUCGACGGGCCGUUGUAUGGCCAGCUGCAAGAGUUCUGCCGGUGUCACGGUGUGACUCUACACGUUGUCCUCUUGGCUGCGUUUCAGUGUACGUUGUAUCGCCUCACAGGCUAUGGUGAUACCACUAUUGGCGUCGCGAACGCCCGUCAUAGACCCGAGCUCAAGAAUAUCAUUGGCUUCUUCGUGGCAGUCCAGUGCAUCCGAACCAAGGUAGACGAGGAAGAUUCUUUUAUCAACCUGGUUGAGCAACUACAGGAGACGACUAAAGCCAGCUACGCCAACCAAGACGUCCCAUUCGACAGAAUAGUGUCCGAGUUCAGCAAGAAUAGGAACAGAGAUUUGUCCCGCCACCCUCUGGUGCAAAUCGCUUUCACCGUACACUCGCAGAUUGGUGCAGGUACGCUGAGUCUGGACGGAAUAGAAGCCAAGCCGCUCCCUACAACAAACACCUCGCGAUUCGACAUGGAGUUCCACUUCUUCACCGAAGCAGAGGGUGUGCGUGGUGACCUCGUGUACUCGACUGACCUCUAUUAUGCAUCGACUAUUAGCAACAUGCUCUCGAUCUACCGUAAAGUGCUGGGAGAGGUGCUUAAUACGCCUAGCGAGACCGCCAUCUCUCAACUGCCGCUUCUGACUACGGAGAGGUAUUCUCAACUUGACAAGAUGGGCUUCGCGAACACUCACUACUCCUCGUACCCCUCCGAAUCAAGCGUAGUGGACAUCUUCCGACAGGAGGCGUCUCGUUAUCCAAACAGGGUGGCCGUCAAAGACCCCUCAAGCCAACUCACGUAUGCCCAGCUCGACCGCGCCUCGGAUCGACUUUCUGGCUGGCUUUUACGGCAGCAUGGGUUAGAACCCGGACAUCUAAUAACUGUGAUCACGAGCCGAUCUUGCCUCACAGUAGUCGCAUUCCUAGGUAUUCUGAAGGCCAACAUGGCAUACUUGCCAUUUGAAGCCACUGUACCAGCCGGCAGGAUUGAAGGAAUUCUAGGCACACUCGAGCCGCAACGACUCGUCGUCUUACUAGGCCAAGGCGUCCCACCACUAGUCCUGAAUCCAGGAGCUGAAGUCAUGUUCGCUAACAUAUCUGAAAUUCUACGACUACAUGUAGGCGAAGGGCCCAACCGCGACGGCAGUACCACCGAGUUCGCUAUUCCGGCCGGACCGUCACCUACCAGCCUUGCCCACACCAUGUUCACAUCAGGCUCAACUGGCAAACCCAAAGGCGUCAUGAUCGAGCAUCGUAGCAUCGUCCGGCUUGUUAAGAACAGUAACGUAGCAGAUGCUCUGCCUUCUCCAGUUACCAUGGCCCACAUAUCCACCAUCUCCUUCGACGCUGCGACGUGGGAGAUUUACGCGGCCCCGCUCAAUGGUGGGAUGGUGGUCUGCAUAGACAAGGAUACCCUUUUGGAUACGAGUCUCCUGACUCAAAUAUUUCAUGACGAAGGGGUCAAUGCCUCGUUCAUGACAACCGCUUACAUGAAGGAAUGCCUUAGCCACGAACCUUGUCCAGUUGGCGCACUCCAGGUUUUGCACGUUGGGGGUGAAAGAACGGAACCAGAAGAUCUGAUUGCGGCGCGAAAGAUGGUCAGACACGCUUUAAUACACGUCUAUGGACCGACGGAAAAUACCAGCUUCUCAACGCUGUGGGAGGUUCCAGCUCAUAACAUCCAACGAGAUGAUACAUUCACCAACGGUGCGCCCCUCGGUCGAGCCGUCAGUAACUCGGGAGCUUUUGUCAUGGAUGCAUCCCAGCGUCUCGUCCCACUUGGUGUCGUCGGCGAACUAGUUGUUACGGGUGAUGGCCUAGCACGAGGAUACACAGACUCAGCUAGAAACGCGAAUCGGCUUGUCAACGUCACACUCGGGGGCGAAACUGUUCGAGCCUACCGGACAGGCGACUACGCCCGUCGCCGACCGCACGACGGCCUCAUAGAAUUCUUUGGACGCGCCGACGGGCAGGUCAAGCUGCGAGGUAACCGUAUCGAGACUGGAGAAAUCGAGCACGCACUUCUCAGCCACACACGUGUUCAAUAUGCAGUAGCUAUGGUGCAUAAGCCAGAGGGUCAAGACGGUCGGAUUGUCGCCUUCGUCGCCCUCCAUGGCCAUGAGUCUAACGGUAGGGGUAGCGAGCCUGGCAUCGAUUCGGAUGACAUGGUAUCUCUUUAUGAGGAGCUCACCGAUGCCCUUAACAGGAAGCUUCCGGCAUACAUGAUCCCCAGCUCCAUCAGUGUCGUCGAUAGAAUGCCCAUGAAUGUCAACGGUAAGGCCGACCGGCAGGCCCUACAGCAGGGUACCUCUCUACACAUCCUGCCACUUCAAAGGGACAAAAAGGCAUCAAAGCGAGUACCAUCAUCCGAGACGGAGCGGAAACUCGCCGAAAUCUGGGGCCAAGUUCUCAACAUUAGUCUUGACAUUGUGGGUCUCGACGACAGCUUCUUCCGACUCGGCGGGAACUCGAUUACGGCCAUGAAAUUCGUCAGCUACGCUCGCAAGGCUGGCUUUAACUUUACCAUAACUGAAAUCUUCCGUUUCCCCAAGCUUGGUCUUCUCGCAGAAUCUGCCGAAAAAGCCAAAAUCCCGCAUGUCAAUGGCCGUGGUAACGGGAACGAAAAUAGAAUGAUAAUCAAGAGUCUUGGCUCGCUAGACGGACCAGUAAAUCAGUCUUUCGCGCAGGCCCGUCUCUGGUUUCUCGACCAGCUCUAUCCAGGCCUUACCUGGUAUCUGAUGCCAUUUCCGAUGGAUAUUCACGGUCCCCUGCACACGGGUGCUCUGCACGCAGCUCUCAUGACAUUAGAACGUCGUCAUGAGACGCUCCGAACAAUUUUCAGCACUUCCGAGUCAGGGCUCAGUCUACAGACGGUCCUGGCGUUUCAAGAAAGGGAGCUUAAAAUGGUUGAUGCGUCGUCGGUGGAGGAGGUUCUAAAAGACUUGGAUCAAGAGCAUUCUGUCCCUUUCGACUUGCGAGUUGAGCCAGGAUGGCGGUUCAAGCUCUACCAUCUCGGCGAUGACCAUCAUGUGCUUUCUAUAGUCAUGCAUCACAUUAUAUCCGACGGCUGGUCUUUAAACGUUCUUAGCAAAGAGCUAGAGACAUUCUACUCAGCUGCAGUCCAAGGCGAGGACCCCCUCUCGCAAGUGCUUCCUAUUCAAUACCGAGACUACUCCGUCUGGCAGAAUGAACAGAUCGGGCAAUAUGGAUUCGAUCAACAACUAGACUACUGGGCGAGCAAGCUAGCUGACAGUCAACCCGCUACCUUCUUCUGUGAUAAACCUCGCCCAGCAACGUUGGCGGGCAACGCGCAAGUGGAGAAGAUUCGAAUUUCUGGGGAACUCUACCGCAAACUGCGGAAAUUCUGCGAACAGCGGGAUGUGACGCCAUUCAUGGUCCUACUCGCCGCCUUUAGGGCAGCGCAUUUCCGAUUGACAGGGGCCGAAGACGUCACUAUCGGCACGCCAAACGCCAACAGGGACAGGUUGAAGGUCGAGAACUUGAUCGGAUUUUUUGUCAAUAUCCAGUGCAUUCGCAUCACUGUUGAAGCGGAAGAAUCGUUUGAAAAUUUGGUGGAGCAGGUGAGAGCGACCGUCACCUCAGCGCUCGAUAAUCAAGACGUCCCUUUUGACCACAUCGUUUCCCGCGUCUUAAAAUCGGCUAAACGGGACCUCUCUCGGCAUCCCUUAGUCCAAGUCGUACUCGCCUAUCAUUCUCAGCAAGAGAAGCAGGGCCUCUGCUUUAAAGAUGUCGAGGUAGAAGAAAUAUCCCCACCACCAUCGACAAGAUUCGAUCUUGAGCUACACUUUCAUCAAGAGUCGGACAGGCUUGACGGUACCCUAUGCUACUCCUCAGAUCUUUAUAGCCUCCCAACUAUCCACAAUAUUCUCUCCACCUUUACAACAGUGCUGGAAAGGGUGUUACAGGCUCCUCGUGUGGGAAUCGGUGCCCUUCCCCUGCUUACUGACGAGGCCCUCGCCGAGCUGAAGACAUUCGAGCUGACAAAGAUUCGCGAAGUAUCUUAUCCCAGGGAUACAAGUGUGGCCGAUGUAUUCCGCCAACAAGUGGCUUGCAACCCAGAGAGGGUCGCCGUCAAGGAUUCAAGUUACCAGUUGACAUACAGAGAACUGGAUGAGUUCUCCGACACAAUUGCGACUUGGCUCCUCCUCCGCAAGCCAGAAAUGGCCGCCAAGACAUUGGUGGGGGUGUGGGCUGCCCGUUCCUGUCAGACCAUCGCCGCAUUUCUGGGCAUCCUCAAAGCGAACUUGGCCUACAUUCCGCUAGAUCCCCAGUCAUCCAUCGACGUCGAGUUUGUUCAUAUUCAAGAUAUUGGGAAAGAAGAAGCCGUUCUACGCCACAAACAAAGAUGCGGGAACAUAGUCGAACUCUUGGCUAAACGAUGUUCACCAUCAUCAAGUAGCCUGGCUACUGUCAUGUUUUCCGGUGGUUCGGACCCGGAAGGCAUCCUGAUCGAGCAUCGAAACAUCACACAACUUGUGGUAUCUGAAGCGAGUUUGGCACGAUAUAUAACCCCUGCAGCAUCAAUCGCUCACAUGUCCAAUAUCGAGUUUGAUGUCGCGACCACGGAAAUCUUUUCCGCCUUGCUCACCGGCCGUACGCUUGUUUGCAUUGACAGUUCAGUUAUUCUCGAUCCCAGAAAACUAGCCGAAAAGUUUAUGCAGGAAAGGGUUCGGAGCGCCGUGUUCUCCGCGUCGCUUCUAAAAAAGUGCCUCUUAGACGAUUUCUCGACAGCAGCCAUCUGCUCAAUUGACACCAUCUACACAACUGGGGAGGAGGUUGACCCUCGAGAUAUAGCGUUGGCUAGCAGCCUCGGCUGCAGAGUUGUGAACUGUUACAGACCUACGGAGCAUACACCCAUAGCAACUACCUACCUGAUUCAAACGCAGGGUACGUUUGCCAACGGUGUCCCAAUUGGGAGGCCAGUAGCCAACUCCAACGCCUUCAUCGUGGACGGAGAAAGGCGGCUCGUCCCCCUGGGCGUUGUCGGGGAGCUUGCGAUUACAGGAGAUAGCUUGGCCCCUGGUUAUGCUGACCCUGUGCGAAGUCGAGGCCGUUUCAUCACCACUGCCAGCAGCACCGGAGGUACACCUGCCAAGGCAUACCUAACUGGCCAGUAUGUACGAUACCGACCAAUUGAUGGACAGCUGGAAUUCGUAAAACGUGUAGGCAAGAUGCCGAUAAACGAUAGUGGCGAAAUCGAUCACCGCGCUCUCGGCAGAUUGAGGCCUACUGCUACGCCAACGGAUUCCAUGCCGCCAGCGGACACUACUAGCCGACAGCCGGUGUCACAAGCUCAGCGCGACAUGCAGGCCAUUUGGGGCAAGGUUCUGGGCAUCGACACAUUCACGAUUGGCUUGGAUGAUAAUUUUUUCGAACUAGGCGGCAACUCCAUUGGAGUAAUGCAGCUCGUCGCCGAAUGUCGAAAAGCCGGGGUGCAAAUCUCUGUAGCAGACACUUUCCGGUCCAAUAGCCUUGAGGAACUAGCCACUUUGGCAGCACCCACCAGCAAAUCAACGGGGGUCCCAAAGGAUGAAUCCGUUCCUUUUGACGCCGAGACGAAGAGGUCGCUCAUCGAGGAAGCUUACGCAUCAGGCGUCGAUGCGAUCCAACCUGGGAACAUCGAGGAUAUCUUGCCCCUUACAAACUUUCAAGAAUUAUGCGUCGAAACUCCUGAUGCUUACAGGCAGAAUCGCAACUACCUACGCCUCUUCCUUGGCCCCGAAGUCGACUUGAGAAAACUUGAGAGGGCAUGCAGCGCAGCCAUAGAAAAUAUCCCUUUACUGCGCUCUUGUUUCUUACCCCUCCAUGGAAAGCAUCGUCAGGUUGUGCUUGAGCAGAAUCCCACAGCCCAGAUUUCAACCGUCGAUGUAGAUCUGGCCCACUUUGAUAAAUUCUUUGACGAGUUCUGUCUCCGGGACAUCGAAACCCUCUCCGCAACUUCGCUGCCGUUCCAAUUUUUUAUCGUGCGACAUGGCAAGGCUAAGGGCGUGACUCUGAUUACACGCAUUUCCCAUUGCCAGUAUGACGGAAUUUCCCUUCAAUCUUUCCUCACGGCACUUGUCCAAGUUUACCAAACCGGCUCCAGCGCUUUUGGGCCCAACUUUUCCAUCUUUCUUUCCUAUGCCUCACAGCAACGCUCCAAGUCUAUUGCCUACUGGCGCGACGUCCUACAGGGCGCCCGGUUAACACAGCUAAGUUCCUCGGUACACCCCGAAACAGCAGCCCUCAGGGAAGAAGCGAAAACCAUCAAACUGGAAGCCCAGGUUGAUAUAUCGCUGUUGCCAGCCAAUAUCACUGCUGCAACCCUAGCCAGCUCCGCGUGGGCUGUCGUGCUCUCCCGUGUCACAGGGUCGACCGACGUUGUGUUUAGACACCUCGUAUCCGGGCGCAACGCUCCCAUUGACGGGAUUGAAACAAUGGCGGGACCGUGCUUCAACUAUAUCCCGAUAUCAUCGACCAUUGCACACGCUGGCCAGGCGGCUCAAAAUUCGAUUCUACUGUUCAACACCAAAACGUCGAUGAAGCGCCUGAGAUUGGAACUGCCAACGCCAGGUCCCGCUUAG